GAAGAUAUAUUGUCGGCAAUUGAAGCGAAUAAGAAUUCUCUGGCGGUAGUGUGUCUAAGUGGAGUUCAGUACUACUCGGGUCAAUACUUUGAUAUUGCGACCAUCACUACUGCUAGUCGUAGGGCAGGAGCGUACUCUAUUUGGGAUCUAGCGCAUGCAGUGGGCAAUGUCGACUUGGCACUCCAUGAAUGGGGCGUUGAUGGAGCAGCAUGGUGUAGUUAUAAAUACCUCAACUCUGGUGCUGGCGGAGUUGGCGGGCUCUUUCUACAUCAGCGUCAUCAUCAUCGCAAUAGUGGGCCGGAAAAACAACCUUAUCUCAAGGGUGAGUCGAAACUCAAUGCUAGUGCCUUUCUGAGUGGUUUUAUGCUAGCAGGCUGGUGGGGACACCUUGAGAGUACUCGAUUCGAAAUGACGAAUGAAUGGGAGCCUGAGACUGGUGCUGCUGCAAUGCGAUUGUCGAACGUACCAAUGCUGGCUGCUGCCGCGAUGAUGGGCAGCCUCGGUGUUUUCAAUAAGACUAGUAUGACUCAGCUUAGAACGAAAUCGAUAUUACUAACGGGUUUGCUCCAGCGGGAAGUGAAUAAAUUAACAGGGAAAGGCGCUGAGAUGAUUUUCCGAAUAAUAACACCAUUUGACCCACGUGAAAGAGGAGCUCAGCUGAGUUUGAAAUUUGAAGUGG